AGUUGGUGUUUAAAAGUGCGCAAUGAAAACUCACCGUAGUAUAAAGGAGACUGGUGAAGGCCAAGUUAGUAACAUGGUCUUGUUUUCUCUUCUCCUACUUGUUGGUUUGUUUCCUGUGGCCAGUAGCUCGAUAGGUUGGUGCUAUAACUUUCCAUCAUGCAAUGAAUCUACCUGGUCUUCAAUCCCUGGUGCGUACUGCAGUGGAAGCCGCCAAUCUCCUAUUAACAUUGUGAGCGCAAAUGUCCAAGAUGAUGUGAACUUAACAUCAUUCGACUUCACUGGUUUUGAUGAUAACAGAGUCAUGACUGAAAUGACCAACACUGGCCGGGAUGUUAUGAUCAUGCUGGCUCAAGAAAAGAUGGUGGUUAAAGGUGGAGCUCUUCCUGGCAUUUACUACAGCAAGCAGUUCCACUUACACUGGGGCAAUGGCAGCUCCAUGCCUGGAUCUGAACACACCAUAAAUGGCGAAAGAUUCUCCAUGGAGAUGCACAUUGUCAAUGUUAAAGCUGGAUACAAUUAUAUUUCAAGUGCCCUUCUAGAUCCAACAGGGUUUGCUGUUCUUGGUUUCUUUCUUGAGGUGACCAAUGACACCGGUAAGCCCAAGAGCUGGAAGGCCCUAACCUCCUAUCUACCAAAUAUCUCAAAUGCAGGUGAUAAAGUAGCAGUCAUGGAAAAUAUUACCAUGGACAGCCUGCUUGAAGGAGUCAAUAGGAGUAAAUAUUACCGCUACCUAGGCUCUCUGACCACACCACCCUGUAAUGAAGCUGUUGUGUGGACCAUCUUCAAAGACCCCAUUAAAGUCAGCCAAGAUUUGAUUGGACUCUUCAGCACUAGUCUGUUCUUCAACAAGAGUAUGACCCCUCACCUGAUGGUUGAUAACUUCAGGCAUGCUCAGCCCAUAAAUAACAGGGUUGUGACCUCUCAGGAAAGAAGCACAAAGGGAAAUCAGCUUUCAAAUUCAGUAAACCUCCAGAUCUACGAUGUAUUCUCAUUAACUGCGGCACUCCUAUAUAUCUGUUGGUUCUAGCCACAUGGCCCGAAUUAAUGCAUUACAGAUGGCGCACAAUCCAGGUACUACUAAACUUCUGACCAGAAAGAAUGACCAUUUUGAUUUUAAGUUUUAUGUAUUGUUAAUUUUGUCUUAUUUUUUUUUAAACUGUGCUAGAGAUUCUAAGAGAUUUACUGUUUACUUCAAUGAUGUAUUUGUCCAUUCUGAAUAAAGUCACUCUACUCAAUA